CAUGCGCAGUGGCGUGAGUUUUGUUUGAAGUGAACUGCUGCUGCCUGGAACUGCCCUACAAAGCUGCAAAGUCGCCAAGCAUUUUUUGCUCCUCACUGUAUUUUCUCCACAUUUUCCUCCAUAUUGUCUCUAUGCAUCGCAGAGACCAUGUUAGGUCAACACUACCCCAAUGCCGACAAGUCGCAACAACUGGUCAACUAUGUGGAGGAUUAUCUGGAAUGUGUGGAGUCCCUGCCUCUGGACAUACAAAGAAAUGUUUCCCUGCUUCGAGAAAUCGAUGCAAAGUAUCAAGAGGUGCUGAAGGAGGUGGAUGAAGUGUUUGAGAAGUACAAAGGUGAGCAGGAUGCAGCCCAGAGAAAGCGUCUGCAGAUCCAGCUGCAGAGGGCACUCAUUACCAGCCAGGAGCUGGGUGACGAGAAAAUCCACGUGGUGACCCAGAUGACGGAGCUAGUGGAGAACCGCUCCCGCCAGAUGGAUUCCCACUCCCUGUGCCUCCAGGAGCCCCCCGAGGCCGAGCGACUCCCCCCAGAGCGGCGCUCCAGUGUCCAAGAACCCCCGGCGCCUGAGCGCACCUCCAACAGACGCCCGCGGCGCCAACGCAACAGCGAGAGCCGCGACUCCAGCCACCCGUCGGCCAAUGGCUCUCUGGUGGACGACACCCCUGAGGAGCUGUCUGUACCUCCACCACGGGAGAAGAAGUCCAAGUCUGCGAAAAAGAAGAAGCGCAAGUCCAAACAGGAACGGGACGCUUCACCUGUCGAAUUCGCCAUUGACCCUAACGAGCCCACCUACUGUCUCUGUGAGCAGGUGUCUUAUGGUGAGAUGAUCGGCUGUGACAAUGACCAGUGCCCCAUCGAGUGGUUCCACUUCUCCUGCGUGGGCCUCACCUACAAGCCCAAGGGCAAGUGGUACUGCCCCAAAUGCAGAGGCGACAAUGAAAAGACGAUGGACAAAAGCCUAGACAAGAACAGAAAAGACCGUCGGUCCAGGUAGUGACCCUCAUUGUGAAGGGGCUAGGACUGCCGUAGAUGAUCAGAAUACUCGUGAUGUUGUAAGAGCACAAUCGAACACUGUCAGUAGCAGCGCUUAGUAUUAAUCAAGGACCAGUUGUGAUUGAUCUUGUGCUGUUGCAUCACUGAUUGUUUCCACUGGUGGUAACUGUGCUGUAGACUGAAGGAUGUCCAGCUGCUGCAAGAGUCGUCCACUUGAUGCCGCCGCCAUCCUCAAGUGUUUUGCUUUUCGUGGGACUUUGAUUUAUUUUUAUUUUUUUUCCACUCUUUAUUUGUUUUGCUGUCAUUUCCUUUCUGGUCAAAAUCCUAAUAAAAAAAAUAAGAUAUUCCA